AUGGCAGGCACCUGCAUCUCUCUAUCGGGGUCCACGCAGUGCCCUGCUUUCAAUGGCUCAUCCAUAUCAACCAGCUCGAGUCUCUACACAGAUUUUCCGUUCAUGCAAUAUGUUUCGAAUCUGGACGAUUUUGAUCGAGAAUUGAGCAACUACGUGAACGGCUCGUAUGUCAAGCAAAAGUAUAUCGACUAUCUGGGAUGCCAGGGAGUCAAUCUCACCCACGCGAAUAACUACUAUGCCCGCUAUACCACCAGUACAAUAUGCAGCGGACUCGUUCAAAGCUCAAAGACCUACUGCAAUCUUUCUGACCAGCAGUCAAGGCCGCUUUGUGCCGACACUUGCGCCUUGAUGGCCACGAGCGAGGAGGAAAUCGUCGUCAAUGCUGACCUUUGCCGGACAACAGGCAGUAAUUAUAUGAGUCAAAUCCGGUCAGACUUUACCAUAUGCUCCUUGCCUGCCGACUCACUCACUGGUACUUGCAUUUCCGGCGCGGAUAACGAACCCCACGAGUGCGGCUAUAGGUCGAAUUUAAUCGGACUAUGUGGAUAUUGUGGAGCCAGUUCACCCAACUCAACUGAUUCAUGCUGUGUCAAUGCGAAUGCCGCGAGCCGAUGCGAAGGCGUUACGAUUCCCACCCCAACUGUGACUUUGCGACCAAUAUUCACCUCAACCUCCAACUCGACAGCAGAUGCAGGUGCUCAUGACGGUCUAUCGGGAGGGCAAAUCGCAGGCAUCGUCAUCGGAUCUGUUGCGGGAGCCGCCCUCCUGGCAGCUCUUAUCUUUUUGGUCCUCCUUUGUGUACGGCGCAGACGCAAGUCACGGGAUUAUAGUGCUCUCAAUAAGCCCAAUCCGCAACGGAAAGGGUUUCCGUCGAUGCAACAGGAUAAAAACCAGCAAGGCUUACCCUCGGUGCCAGGCGGACGGGUGGCCAGGAUGUCUGCUCUGCGCGAGGUCCCAAGCUUGUCUCCCGCGCGCUCUCGUAACUCUCCGGCUCGCUUUGGAAGCGCCAAGCACAGCGAUACGUCCGACUCGGAAGGUUACGGGGCGAGCCCGGGCGCAAUGUCAAAGAGGAUUCCGCCGGUCACUGGAAGACGCCAUGGAUCUCUCUCCAGCAACUCCGCACUGGCUGGCGCUUAUAGUGACUCCUCGCCUCGCUCAGGAACUAAUGGCCAAUUCUCUUCACCCGAAGGCGUUGCGAGUGGGCAGUCGGAGCAAUUGUCUUCGUUCCAAGAUUAUUACUCACCUGAUGACAUACGCCCCGGUGAUAAGGUAGCUGUCCUCUGGGCCUAUCAGCCGCGGGCAGGGGAUGAGUUUGCCUUGGAACGCGGAGAGAUGUUGAAGGUGAUUGGCAUUUGGGACGACGGAUGGGCGACCGGCAUUCGCGUGCCGGAAACUGCAGAAGACUAUGACGCCAGGCACCGCGAGCAGCGUGACAGUGGUGUAUCUAAUGGAUCACAGAGAUUGGCUGCCUCUCCAUCGCCUACUGGGGAUAUCAAGGCAUUCCCGCUGGUCUGUGUCUGUCUUCCACAGCAUUGGAGAAAGAUCAUCGAAGGCGGGCAGGAUGAAGAUGUUUCGUGA